CGGAGAGAUGUUGCGUUGCGCGGCGAUGUACCUCGCGAGAGAUGUCAAAAAUUUAAAAAUGUACCAGUUCAAAAAUGUGAUGCGCGCCUGAGAUAUAUACGUAAUCUCCUCCGACGUCAGGCUAAUGUGUGUUGUGUGUAGGAUAAGUUAUAGUGUUCAGCAUUUUAGCAUUUAGUAGGAACGUUGUAGAAUUUUAGGAAUAAAAGUUAAAUUUAAGGUGUUAAAUUGGAUGUAGCGAGGUUAAGUAGCGGGGUCCGACGCGGUUUCAUUAUUGUGUAGCCUGCAUAACCUUGACAUGAAUUUCCCGCGCUAGCGCCGCAACCUUGUUUUCUAAAGCAACCCUCUUGAAAUUGUAACGUGGAAACUAUUAUAAUAAUUGGCAAUAAGUACCACUUUAUGAACGUUAUUACAUCAUAACAAUGUGUGCAGUAGAGACGAGCGACAUAAAUUGCUGGAAAUAAUUAUAUAAACUUAUAAAGUUUGCGGAAAAACUCUUAAAUAAUGACUCCUGUGUGACGGUUUUAAUAACGCAGGUGCCAUCAAAAUGAAAAGAUUAAAAGAUAUCAACACAACGGCAAUGAAAAUUUACAUCCUCAUAAUCUUAAUCAUCCCCCUCACUGAUUGCGAUGUAUUAUCAGAAGCGAAGGAAUCAAACCCGCUGCCAGAGCCUGAACCUCUUCCUGUAUUGCACAGCAACGAUACACGGUGUAGAAUAUCCGAAUACCAGUGCUUUAACAAGAGAUGUGUGCCGAUAAAUAGGUUCUGUGAUGGCAGCAACGACUGUGGGGACGCGUCUGAUGAACCGAGGCAUUGCACGCGUUGCAAUAAAACCUACUACGGCGACAUUGGUAGAACAUACGAGCUUGAGUUACAUCGACCGCGGGAAGAUUUGGUGCCUUAUGUCUGCUUGAUCACCAUCACCGCUGCAGGGGGAAUACAUGGUGAUCUUGUUCAGAUUCUCUUUGAUAGUUUCACCUUGGGCCGCUUCACAUCCUUCACGGAAGACGGGUGUCCUGAUGGUUACAUGCAAAUACAAGAAGCCAGUCGACCACAAGUCGGCGGUUCCUGGUGUGGUACAUCCUGGGGCCCAUCCAUAUACUACAGCGAAACUAAGUCAAUCACAUUAAUCAUAAGACUCCUACAUCUAUCAAAAGAACAGAAUAAUUACAAUUUCGACUUCCGAAUGGCAUACAAAGUUCUGAGAAAAGAAUAUGCAACAGUGCGCUAUGGCGGCACACCACCCUCAGAGCGGCCGUUUUUCAAACUGCGACCCAUGCCAUAUCCCGUAAACAUAUCGCGCGGGGAAGAUACGAACGUCGGGAGAGCUACAAAAACCCCCGAGUAUUACCUCGGGGAUUUGAUUUCUGGGACUUAUUGCUCUCGAAUCUUCAGCGACUGCGAUCGUAAAAACUGUAGGUUACAAUCCCCAAAUUUCCCUGGAGUUUAUCCGAGGAAUUUGACUUGUUACUACGCGGUCCGCCAACACGAAGUGCCUCAAGGAAAACACGCUUUAAUAGUAGUGAAGCAGCCAAAUGGGCAAUUAGUUUCGAUUCGGAGUCAGAAAGCGUUGUAUGCGACUUCACAGCAGGAGAGGGGGAAUAAUGGGAGAGAGUUGAAAUUUUGGCAACAGUGUGAUGAAGUGCAGGAUUACGUGACUGUGUACGAUGGUUAUACAACGAGGGACCCGGUCAUUUUAAGGUUUUGCGGUGGAGGGGUGUCUGUCCCAGAGGCGAUAUCGAGUGGACCGGAGUUAUUGGUGGAAUUCACAACGUCACCCUUUGGAACAUUCCUUCAACCGGCAACUCUACAGUCUUUGCACGGAUUUCAAUUAGAAGUUGAGGUUAGAUUCGUCGAUCAACAGUCGCCGACGUACGCAAAAAAUAAACGAGCCUGCGAAUUCUGGAUUAGAGGGACUGGUCGAGGUGUGCUGGAACACCCUCAGCACUCUCUGCCGCCAAAUACCACCUGCUUAUAUCAUAUGCAGGGGAUAGACACGUCGGGGCCUUCGGGACGGAAUAUUAUCUACAGGCGCCAGUUCUCAGCGCCGAGAUUUAGAGUGUGGUUCUCCGUGUUAAAAUUUUAUGUGACGAACGCGCUUAAUCCGAAUCUGCCUGAGGAUGAGUACUGCGGCAGCCAUUUGAAUAUAUGGGACGGUCCUAUGAGGAUAUCGCCGGGCUGCAGCGAUAUAUUUUGUGAUAAAGAGCGGUCUGUGCAAAUGUCAAGAGCAACCUCACCACAGUCGGUGAUCGUGGGACGACCACCAACCAACGCCACGCUAGUCGCCCGCUUCUGCCGCGAGAGGGCGCCAAGAACAUGCGAACAUGCAUUACUAAGAAAAUCGCGGGCUUGCGCCAGAACCGAGAGUUUUUUAUCCAAAGGGGACUCUCUUACGUUGGAACUGAAGUUGACGCAGGGGACCGCUCUAAAACCAGUAUUUUUCAAAGCCCUUUACGAGUUUGUUGAUCUACAUCAAGAUGGCGAGCCCUGGGGUCGAGGGCCAUGUUCCAGAAGGUUCGCUUCUCGGUCCUUUCCUGAAGCACCUGCAGACCCGCCAGUUACAUUUUCAUCACCAAGAGAUGUGUUCUUAUAUGGGAGGGGUGGCAAUCGUAAUAUUAGCUGCACAUACCGCUUCGAAGCGAACCCAGGAGAAGCAGUCCGUCUCAAGAUCUGGAGCGUCCGCAGCGGUGGAAGGCUAUGUAGAACGGUGCACUCUGCCCACUCGCCUUGGUACCGUUGUGGGGGGGAUCCCACUGCAGCUGUCAGAGUAUUUGAUAGACCGUGGAAGGAUAGUGGACCGGGUGUACUACGGGAUUGCUUGUGCAGUGACGUCAUUGAUUACGAAUUUACGUCAUCAUCUACAGUCGCCGAGUUAAAAUUCGAUGUCGUGAAUAUGAGUGCGUUAGAUGACUUCAGAUCUUUUGGCUUUGAAGCAUCCGUUGAAUUUGUACGGCUGGAGGCUGAGUGUGAAGGAACGCAUAAAGUGCAUGGACCUAGUGGGGAACUGCUGCUGUAUUCUUCUAUGAUAGAUACGGACCGCUGCGACCAACGUCCCUGGCUGAUAGACCCGUCCCCAGGUCGGUACCUUUACAUGAAGAUAGAAGGCAGUAUCAUCAAGGAACCAGAUUUGGACAACUUUACUCUCCUCAACAACAUCACAGUAGCUCCAGACUUGAGACACAUGUGCCUGACGCAAAAUAGAAUAGCAGUGUAUACGGGGGGCUUAACACCGACGUAUAUCUGCCCCUAUCCGCCUCAUAAACAGGAGGAACAAAGUGUAGAAAUAUUCUCAGACGGUUGGAUAAAAGAAGUGGAUCCUCUCGCCCGACAUGUGCUAGCUCCUCCGCCAUCUCCUGAUAGAGUAGAACUAGACUGGCCUAGGUCGCUCAGCGUCGAACUAAUAGCUGUAGAAAGCGGGUCGUAUUACAUCACGUGGUUGGAACUUUCUAGAAGACAUCCCAGCGAGCACGGCGGCGUGUUCGCGCUCUCCGGUGACUGUCAGUACCGCUGCCCGUCCAUAGACGCGUGCAUCUCACCAGCGCUAUGGUGUGACGGGAUCAGCCAGUGUCCCGACGGUGAAGACGAGCGACUCACCCAGUGCUCGCCAUUCAUGAACGCACCGUACCACUAUCUGACGGGCUUCGUUGCGUUCUGUGCUUGUGUCGCGUUCGUUGUUGUAGCAGCAACCCGCAGCUGCCGGCGGCGACGCUCUGCCCUCCAACAGCGCCUCAAAAGCCUCUCCUCAGACACGGCCAUAUUUGACGAGAAAGAAGUGAUUUGCUGACCAAGCGAAGACUCCGUGCGAUACGUGGAAAUAGACAGGGUCACCACUGUGUGACUCUCCACGCGCGGAGUCUUGUUCGUUUGUUGAAUUUGACAGUUAUUG